AUCACAUAACACGCAAUAAAGGCCGGCUCAUCGCCCACCCAACGACACACACACCGCGCCCCUAGAUAAAUCGGAACGUGUUCAUUGUCUGCCUGAGCUCCGACUGCCGCCUCAUGGCCAGCUGCCGCGUGUCGGCCAACACAUGCGCCACCAGAGCGAUGCGCGAGGCCUUGGCCGCCUGCACAUCCGCUUGUGCAUCCCCACCCCUCCCCCUCCCCCUCCCCUUGCCGAGGUACCUCUGAGCCUGCAGCGCCUCCAGCGCACCUUCCAACCCACCUGCACACACACACACACAACACGUGUAUAUGUAUAAGCUUUCUUGCCUGUGCUGCUGACGACACGCACCUUUCUGAGAGGGUGGGAGGUUUCUCUCCAGGUCGACCUGGCUGGAGAGUGUGUCCAGGAGUGGGAGCACGUUGAAUGAGGGCGUGGGGAAGUGGUGGUGGGGGUUGGUGUGUGGCACCGCCGCCAGGAGGGCGCGCUGGUGGUACUCGGAGUGGGGGUGGUCGGACUUGAGAAUCAGGUUGAGGAAGCUCAGUGUGUCCAAGAUGCUGUCCAUUCCGUCCAGCACUGUCGCUGCACGAGAAGAGGAUGCGCGUGUGUGUGUGUGUGCGUGUGUGUGGUUUCUGCAUCAUUGCUUACUGUCGCCCGCGAGGUUGGUCUUCAUGACUUUGAGCAUUCUGCCGCAAUUCAGGCUCUGCUGCUCAGCAUCUGCACAAACGCAUUGACAGAGCGACAUCCACACACACACACACACGACAUGGCCUCUCGAUGGAGCACAACUAUCACCUGGCGGCUCCAUGAGUGUGACCUCGUUCCACCAGUCCUCCCUAAUGACUUUGGUGACGCCCGCAGCCACUUUGUCGAGCUUGGUCUUGGCCAGCAGCUCCAAAUACAGCGACACACGGAACUCCCUGCCCACACACACAACCAACACAGAGAGAGAUGGGAGCUGCGUCACAUGAUGUGUCUCAAUCGAGUGUUCAACAGACCACUUGAACAGCCUGGCGAUGUCGGCAAACGUCUUGAAGAUCGACGCCCGCUCACGCGCCCCCAGGUCGCCGCUCAUCGGGAGGGAUUCCAGCAGCUGACGGACGGACGGACAGACGGACAGAUCAGGCGAGCACGUACACAAUCGUGCUUGGUGUGUGUGCAUCUACCUACCAUUGCGAAGUAGCCCCGUGGGUCAAAUGUCCACCGAUGAAAGGUCACGAAGCUGCCGGGGUACUGCCGACUCGCCAGCCGGAAAUAAGGCCACGCAGCGUGCAGCAGCACAUGACCUGCACACACACACACACACCCAAAAACACUGUGGAUGCUGUAUUUCCCCCUCUGCAUUCGCCACUCACCUUUCUCGGCGAGCAUUUGCUGCAAGGCGGCUGCUGCUGCUGAUGCGGGGUCGUCUUCGGCGUCUGUCGGGGGGAUGCGCCACUGGCGUGUGAAGAUGGCCGGCGGCCGGGGGCCUUUUUCUGCCUUUUUGAGCAGCACGUAGGACGCCUUGAGGUGCAGGUUGACGAGCAGCUCGGUGGAAUAACACAGAGGGAGCUGGUGCUGAUAUCCACACACACAGCAGGAGACAGACAUCCACUCGGCCUGUAUGUCUGUCUGUAUGUCAGUCUGUCUGGACGUGCAGCUACCUCCUGUAUCUUGUGCACCAACAUGACAUAGGUGAUGCAGGCGAACCCCAGUGGCGUCAACUCCAUGUCGCCGCCCCCAUCGCUACACGCGUCAUGGAUUGGCAGACCGCGCAGCUUCGACAUGAAGUCAGGGUGCAGCCGAAAGAUCCACCGGACACACGCACGCAGCAUCUCCACCACAGCUGGCGGCUCGUCCAGCUGACACGACUCACGGAGGAACCAGCCCUGCAGGACAGCAGGACAGAGAAGCGGCCUGUGUGGCGAGGCAAAGCAUUGGCCAUUGGCCUUUUCGCGUACCGUCGACCCGACUUGUGCAAGGGGGUUGGCCACCUCGCCCGUCGCAAUGCGCACAAAGUCGCUGUCCAGCUGCAGAAAAUACCUCACACAGAGGAGCGAACAUGCCUAUGUGUGUGUUUGUGUGUGUGUGUCUCCCCUCAGCCAGACACCUACUCACUCACCAGCUGUAUCCGGGCGUGUAUGUUGCUGUCCUCAUCCAUACUCGACCCUCCCAACUCCCGGACCUCACCUGCAGACAGACAGGCAAACGGCAGAAGGAAGGAAUGACACAGAAGAAGAGCGCUUUAGCUUCAGACCGACACCAAUGAUAUGACUGACCAUGUGUGACCUCCUCUCACCGUGCUGCAUGUCCACCAGAAACGUCACUGGGGCAGACCGCUGCCCGCGGUGGAUAUCAAAGCGGUACCGAUACCCCGACACAGAGCCCGCACUCGCACCACUGGCGGCACCAUUCAUCCCUCCUCGCUGCCGCAGGCGGCGGGCAAGCUGACACAGGAGGGGCCACGCCUUCAGCUGCUGGGCUCCUGCAGAGCCUUCGAGGUGGCCGUUGACGGGGUGCUGGUCGCCAGCAUCGUCAGGUGUGAACAUGGCUCGGUUGAAGAGGGCGGCCGCCGCAAGAUGCCCCUCGACGCGGAAGUGGAGCUGUGGGAAAGGCAGACAACACGAGAGACGUGAGACCGCUGUUUGUGUAUGUGUGUGUGUUGGCCGUGCGCACCGCACCGCAGGCGACUCUUUCGACGUUGCUUCGGCCGACCGCCUGACGCGCAAUGACGGCACCACUCUCUCCAUCAACUGAACAAGUCAGUGACGGCAGACGGACAGUCAAGUCAACACACACAUGGACGGAAGGACGACACUCAAACACUCGCACACACACUUGCCUUGCAAAUGAAGGUGGCAAUGGAUAUCGGCCCCACUCGGUGGGCGUCUUCCUCCUGCGGCUCGCCAGCCACCUCACCCAGCCGCUCCACCACACCUGUCAGCACCUCACACAGCCUUUCUUUCGUCGGUGCCGUCACAUCCACAAGACCCGCAGACCACGGCAUCUCCACCAGGGCCCACAGCACCCCCGGCAGCCCGCCAGCCACAAAGUGAGCGCGUUUCCGACUGAUGCGCCCGAGCACCUCCACCAGAUGCCUCGCGCACACCAGCUUCGCCUCGCUGCACACAUCGCGCGCUCGCAUGGCGUCCAUGAGCGCCAUGUACAUCUCUUUCGGCUUGCAGAGGUCGCAGCAUCGGCUGGUGAAGGCUCCCAGCGGCUGCAGCUGGUCGUCCAGCGCCUGUUUGGUCAGCUGCUGUGGGGAGAGGGGUGCAGUGGCGUGACAGAUGGCCGCGUACACGUCGCUCACAAGGCCUUGCAAUGGCUUGCUGUCGGCAAGCCGCUCGGAGAGGUAGGCCAUGAGUCGAAGGGCCCGUGCCGCCUUGUGCUGUUCAUCUGGUGCUUCGUCGAGCCACACCUUGAUGAGCUGGUAGGCCAGUUCGGUGUCCUUGUCGUCGCUCAGGGUCAGCAGGGCGGCCGGCAGGUGGUCUGUCGAGGACGGAUCUGCCGAGGCAUCUUCCUGAUCUGACGCAGCUAAGGCGGCUGACAUGGCCUCAAUGCUAUGAGAUGGAAAGAUCUAGGCACCGCC